CUCUCCAAUCCAUCUCAUUCAGGCUUCAUACUAGGCGAAAUCCCUCGCAUCUAUAACCUCUUCUCUUAACAUAUAUAUAUUGGGCGUAAGAAGCCCUCUUGAAUAUAAGCAACUCUGCUUGAUAUGCUUCUCCGGGAGCCAAACUACGCACGAUGCCAACCCAAAGUUAUCCAUCCACACUCGGCUUCCUAUCUCAGGACCUGUUUCGACCUCGAUAUGAAGAUAUUCCACGCAUAGAACAUGUGGAGUACACCUACCUCAGGGCAAGAGAGCUUUGUAGGCAUUAUGCUCUAACAAUGGACGACGUUCUGUACUACUCCCCCAAAUUUUGGCAUCUCAACAAGGAUGGGAUGGCAGUAGUGGACCCUAUAGCCCAGGCACUAAUCAGUAUCCAAACCAAUCUGGUGGCUGGAACAAUUGCGACAUAUGCCGUCAAAAGACCAGAUCUUCGGCCACUAUUCGAGAAAAUUGUGCGUUUUGACGUCGCAACCUCCUUCAUGCUCAACGAGAUUGGCCACGGUAAUGAUGCGAGCAACUUGGAAACCACAGCCACGCUUCGGUCAGAUGGCGGUUUCACCCUCCAGUCUCCUACACCCGACUCUUACAAAUUUAUGCCACCUUCCAUGCCUGUUGCCGGGAUUCCUCGCGUUGCGGUGGUCUUUGCCAGGCUUAUGGUUGACGGGGAGGACCGAGGUGUCCGACCAUUCAUUGUGUCCUUAGGAGAUGGCAAAAAAAUGUGCACGGGAGUAACCUCCUAUUUAAUCCCACCGGUAGCAUGUGGAAGAAUGAUGGACCACGCUAUCACUUCAUUCCACGGUGUUUCACUCCCCCCGAACGCAAUGCUAGGAGACCUCGCCAAACCUGAUAACUUCCGUGAAGCCUUUUUGAAGGCAAUUGGCCGUAUUGGUGCUGGUACUCUGGCACUGAGCCUAUGGGUCAUCCCGUUCUUGAAAAGUGCUACAUUCAUAGUGGGCAAGUAUAGUAUGCGAAGAACAGUUCAAUUGGGCUUGGGUGGGGACCGAGCCCCAAUCAUUUCAUUCCGUACGCAGCACAUGCCCGUUCUACAUGCACUGGCUCAAAUCUCGGUCUUGGAAGCAUUUGCUGAUUGGGCAACGACCCAAUUUACAAACACUCAGCUUGAUCCUCGAUCUAGGUACGGCAUAGCGGUCAUCGUCAAAGCCGUGUUUGUCAAUCAUGGCCAGGACACUCUGGCCGGUCUAAUUGAGCGAAGUGGCGCGCAGGGGGUAUUUCUCCAUAAUCAAAUGACUGUUUUCGAGGCUUUGACUAGGAUCACGACUAUCGCAGAAGGAGAUAUUCAGGUGCUUUCUAUUCGGCUCGCCACAGAGCUUCUCAUCGGCCGCUACAAACUCCCCAGCAGCACCAAACCCCUAUGCCUGCUGGCGCAACACGAAGCCGGUAUCAUCGCCGAACUCGAGCAAACCCAAAACACCGAUGCAAAUUUCCACCGCGGGGAGGAGUACAACGCCCGCAUUCUCCGCCAUUGUCGUAGCAUGGUAGUCGCAAUCGGACUUCGCAUGGCAUACGAGGCCGCUGCCGAAGCAGGAGUCGAUCCUGAUCUUCUCGCGUUGUAUGAGGCGGGUGCGAUGAGGAGUGAUUCCAGCUGGUAUGUUGAAAACCUGGGACUAAAGAGGGCCACUCAACUUGAGAUGGAGCGGAAGGCACUUGAUGAGGUUUUUCCCAAACUGGAUAAACUCUUGGAUCAGUUAGAUAUUGAGCCUUAUUGUUCGGCGCCAAUGCUAUCUCAAUCUAGAUGGGAAGCGCUUAUUAAGGAGAAUCCAAUCUACAGAGGGAAUGGGCAGUGGGAUGCCCUAGCUGAUGACACUUGUAAGAAAGCUGAAAAACUAGCUAGGCUGUGAGAUCUCAGAGGUUGUGCAGAUGUUCCUUGGCUUUGUUCCAAUAGAGAGAUAUAGACAGGAACCGGACAUCGGCAGACCUGCCCCUAAUCAGGGAGCGAGCAGAGAAGUGAAGGGGGACGACUAUGCCAUUUUACUUUAACAUGGGUGAUAAAUUACUGCAAUCGAAGACGAUUCUAAGCUCGUAUCCCUCAUAAAUUUGAGGGUUGCUGUGAAUCUAGUGAGCUGGAACUUCUAGUCGUUAGGGAUGGAGAGAGACUCAGGGAUGGGGUUUAGUUCCGGCAUACUGUG